AUGCCGCCACUACGGAGCUCUCUCUCUCUCGAAAGACAACCACGGAGCACCGACUCAUCGCUCAACCGGGGCCCAAACCCAGGCCCAGGGUCCCCCGUCGUCGCCGGCGGAAUCGGCUUUAAACGCACCCUACUCAGCUCGUCCUUCUCGCGCCUCUCGUUCUCGCGCGGCGGAAACCUAGGCAGCGCGAGCAGUAGCCCUGAGACUACCAGCGCCGGCACCGGUACGGGCACCGAUGCACCCCAGGCGCAAUCGCAUGCACAACACAGACCGGAUAAUGAGGGUAGAGCGGCGCCCGGGGACGGCGUGGUGGGGGGGAAGAGCAUUGGUGGAGGCGCCAUGGCGAGCGCGCUCCAGCAGCAGCAGCAGCAGCAGCAGCAGCAACAGCAGCGCAAGGCGCGGAAGAGGAAGGGGUCGUUGCGCAAGACGGCGCUGUCGGGGACGGGGGCGUUGAGGCUGGAGGGGAGGGAGAAGAGAGGGGGUUGGGGUCGAGGGGUUUCUUCCACUUCUGCCUCUACAUCUACAUCUACAUCUACAUCUACAUCCACUUUUACUUCGUCUACGGCGGCUACGAAGGGGGUUGCGGAUCUGCAUGGAGAUCGGGAAGCGGAGAUGGGACGGGAUAGUGAGCGUUGGGGCCGUGAUGCUACGGUUAAUACUAGUACAGUUGGUGGUGGGGGUCUACUGCGCUCUCCGCCGAUUUCUCCUUCCGCGCUGGACGGGGAUGGGGAGGAAGGAGUGUCCCCUCGACUGAAAAGAACUCCGCCUUUACCUCUGUCUGCGCAACCGAACCAUCCUCCGGCUCCCUCACAUACUCCGCCGCCGAUCCCGCCCCCGCCAUCUCGGACCUGGAUUGCGAAGGGAUCUCCUCCUCCGGGUAUCAAGCAGCAGGGGGAACAAGGGGGACAGCGGCGACACCAACACCGCUACCAACAGCAGGCUCCCCAGGAACGAUUACAAUCAAAUUCCUCGAACCAUUCCGACAAUCUCGACGACGACAAACGCGGCGUCCUUGAUUUCCGCUCCACCCCCCAUCAAACACCCACUUCCACUUCAACUUCACUCACGCGCCUCGACAGCAACGCCAGCACCACCACUACAACAUCCACAGCUUCCAAAACGCCGACCACCAGUAGCAGCAGCAGCAGCAGCAGCAGCAGCAGCAACAACAACAACAACAACAUCAGCAGCGUGGACCAAGACGCAGACACACAACCCACCACCGCGCCGCGCCGUCCCGUCCCAUUCAAGAUCUCCACCGGUUCCCUUUCUUCAAGUUCAGACUCCUACUACCCCCCCGUCUCACAAACAACAAAAAAAAUGCCGUCUUCCACCCGCCUCCGCUCCACCUCCCGCCGCGUCAGGUCGCCCUUAUCACUCUCAGGCGCGGAGCCAACAGGCGUGGGCGCCGUAGACGGCAUCCCUGACACUACCCCAUUGACAACAGCACCACCAUCUGUAUCCGGCAUAUCAGUAUCCGAUGAAUUCCCUCCAACAACCGCAGCCAAGUCCACUUCACCCAACUCUGCCGCUGCAGCAGCAGCCACCAGCUCCACGCUUGAAGCAUGGGACUACGCCGAGACGGAGUGGUGGGGGUGGAUAAUCCUAGUCGUGACGUGGCUGGUCUUCGUGAUCGGGAUGGGCAGCUGUCUGGGCGUGUGGAGCUGGGCGUGGGAUGUCGGCGAGACGCCGUAUGCGCCGCCGGAGCUGGAGGACGAUCCCACGCUGCCGAUUGUAGGGUAUUAUCCGGCGCUGAUUAUCUUGACGGCGGUGAUGGCGUGGACUGACUGA